AUGCCACCUUCAACUGGCCAACCGUCUUCUCGCUCCAGCUCCCGUCCGAUUCACAUCGUCUACCUUCUCGACGACCAAUCCCCAACCCCCCCCCUGGCGCAGUCUCACACCUGCGCUCGUGUCUCUACUGUCGCCUUCCGUCGUCGGCCGUCGACCGGAGAGUCACCUUCCGAGACAUCGACAAAGCUAGACGCUCCGCUCGAACCCCGAGAGGCAAAUCCAGCCGAGAGGAUGACGCCUCGCGUCUUCAUCGUCCGGCACGGCGAGACGGAGUGGUCCCUGAGCGGAAAGCACACGGGCCGCACCGACAUUCCCUUGACGGCAAAUGGCGAGAAGCGAAUCCUCGCGACUGGCAGGGCCCUCGUCGGCGACGACCGUCUCAUCGUUCCCCGAAAGCUCGCCCACGUCUACGUGUCUCCUCGAAAGCGAGCCCAGCGCACCUUUGAGCUGCUCAACCUCGCUCACGCUGGCGAACUGCCCUGGAAACGCCACGGCGACACCCCCAGCCACGGCCUCGAGUGUGGUGCCGGCGUCGAGGUCACCGAGGACAUCCGUGAGUGGGACUAUGGUGCAUAUGAAGGUAUCACGAGCCCGGAGAUUCGGAAGACCAGAAAGGACCAGGGCUACCAAGGAACCUGGGACAUUUGGCGCGACGGAUGCCCCGGUGGAGAGAGCCCAGAACAGAUCACCCAACGGCUGGACAGACUCAUUGCCGAGAUUCGAGAAAAAUGGCAUAAACCAGUCAUCGGUAGGAAAGAGGCAGGCAACGGUGACGUCUUGAUUGUCGCACACGGCCACAUCCUUCGUGCCUUUGCCAUGCGCUGGGUUGGCAAGACGCUCCAGGAUGGGCCUACAUUUUUGCUCGACACCGGCGGUGUCGGCACCCUCAGCUACGAGCAUGAGAACAUUGAGGAGCCUGCCAUCAUUCUCGGGGGCGGCUUUGUCGUCGACAUUCCGGAGCAUGGGGUCCAGCAAGCGCAGUGA